AUGGUGUUCAGUUUGUUGUCGUCGACGUUAAAAUCGUUCAUUUAUUUAUUAAAAUCGACUCAUUCUCGUAGCACAAUUGUAAUCACUUUAACAACAUUAAUCGCAUGUCUUCUCGUAUUUACAAUGGCUGGUCAAGCCGACUCUAUGGCAUUACAAGCUUACUGUUCAUUAUGCUUAUUUGAUUUGUUAUUUAUUGGCACAGCACUACUUUCAUCAUGGCAUGUAAGGACAACAAAAUCAAACAAAAUUCAUAAGCAUCAACAACAACAAUCUUCAUUACAAACGUCAACUUCAGCAACAUCAUUAUUCGUUCCUACGCCGACAAGCUCAACAUUCUCGUAUGGAACAGGUCGUUUUGAAGUAUUAGCCGUAUUUACCUCUACAAUGUUAUCUAUUUUGGGUGCAUUUUUUAUUCUGAAAGAAUCAAUUGAAAAAUUUAUUGAAAAUGAAUCCAUCAAUAUUAACUAUUUAAUGCCAGCGUCGUUCAUAACAUUUAUUGUUCAUUUUAUUGUCAUUUAUUUUGUUCCCAAUCAGGCAUUUGAUCAUGUUAUUGCUGCAUCAUCAUCAAGCUGGUUACAAGAACAUGUCAGUGAUAUGUGUCAAAAUAUUUGCCAUAUUGUACCGGGUCUUAGUCGAUUGUUAUUACCACGUAUUAAUCCAUUUACAUUAUUGGGUUGCUGCGGUCUAUUUAUUAUGUUUAUUAAUUCAUUUUUAUUAUCAUUAGGUUACGGAAAUUUUGUUGAUACAUUGUCGUCGUUGCUGAUGGCAUUUAUGACAUUCGGCACUAUGGUACCCAUGAGUAAUUAUAGUGGAAAAAUUCUGUUGCAAACUACACCAGCUCCGAUGAUUUCACAAUUAGAUAAAUGUUUACAUGAAGCGUCGAGGCUAGAUGGUGUACUAGAAUUUAGACAUGAACAUUUUUGGGCAUUAUCAUUUGGUACACUAGUUGGUUCAUUGCAUGUACGAUGUAGGAGAGAUGCUGACGAACAGCUGGUACUUGCACACGUUUGGAACAAAUUAGCAAAUGUUGUACAAAUAUUAACUAUUCAUAUUUUCAAAGAUGAUUGGUUGAGACGGCAAACACAUCAUUUCCUACAAUCACAAACCAUGGGUGGUGGUAGUGGAGCAGCUCAAGCAUCAGCCGCAAUGCUACCUCCGAUGUUACCAACUUCAGUGAUAAGACCAGGACAGCAACAGUAUACUCAAACAAUUAAUCCUGCAUUUGCUAAAUCAACACACGAAUUGUCGACCUAUGGACCAACGAAUAAUGAUUACGGUUUUGUGGUUGUUACCUAA